AUGCUUUUGGAAUUAGCUAGUUCAUUUGCCAAUCGAUUUGCAAAUAAAGGAUAUGGUAUUUUUGAAAGUGGUGAUGAAAGACUUCCUAUUAAUGAUCGUGAUUUGGAGAAUCGACGUAAAAUUGAUGAAAUCUGUCGUUCUCUCAUGCUCAAUGAUGAUGAUUUAAAACGUGUGAUGGAUGAAUUGCUUAAAGCGAUGGAAAAGGGCCUAGAUCGCAAAACUGCGUCACAGGCAGCAGUGAAAAUGUUGCCUUCGUUUGUUCGUGCAGUACCGAAUGGCACUGAAGUUGGAAAUUUUCUUGCGCUUGACCUUGGCGGUACCAAUUUUCGUGUGCUGUUGAUUAAGUUGAAUAAACGAGAUGCCCAUAUGGCUGGAACAAUUUUCCGUGUACCAGAAAGUAUAAUGCGUGGCACUGGUGAAGGGCUGUUCGAUCAUAUCGCUGAGUGCAUGGCUCGUUUCAUGGAAGAAAAAGACAUCAAGCAGGCUGGAAAGCUUCCGCUUGGUUUCACAUUUUCAUUUCCAUGUCGACAAGAAGGUCUGACAUGUGCGAAAUUGAUCAAUUGGACCAAAGGCUUCAGUGCGAGUAACGUCGAAGAUAAGGACGUCGUUACGCUGUUACGUGAAGCAUGCCAACGCCGCAAGGAUAUUGACAUCGAUGUGGUAGCUGUUCUAAAUGAUACAGUUGGUACGUUAAUGGCUUGUGCAUUCAAAGAGAAUACAUGUCAAAUUGGUGUUAUCGUUGGUACAGGCAGUAAUGCAUGCUACAUGGAAAAAAUUGCGAAUUGUGAUAAAAUUAAAGACUUGCAUCUAGAAGAAGAUGGAAUGCCAGAUGAGAUGAUCAUCAAUACUGAAUGGGGUGCUUUUGGCGAUGAUGGUGCCCUGGAAUUCGUGCGUACCUGUUUCGAUCGAGAAGUGGACGAGAAAACGAUCAAUCCUGGCAAACAACUAUUCGAAAAAAUGAUCUCGGGUAUGUACAUGGGCGAAAUAGUUCGCGUCAUUCUAGCUCACCUGGCACGCCAGAAUCUUCUUUUCAAUGGCGAUUACGAGGCUAUUUCAAAGCCACAUUCAUUCCCGACUAAAUAUGUCUCUGAAGUUGAAAAAGAAAUUUUGGAAGAUGAAGAGCGAAACUUUGCAAAAACAAUGCAAAUUUUAGAAGAAAUUGGAACUGAACAAGUAUCAGUCGCUGACUGUAUUAAUGUUGCAUAUGUGUGCUCUCUUGUUAGUACAAGAGCUGCAUAUCUGUGUGCUGCUGGCAUAGCAACAUUGCUGAACCGAAUGCAAAAACCGUACGUGACAGUUGGUGUUGACGGUUCUGUGUACCGAUUUCAUCCUACGUUCCCGCGUUUGCUUGAUGAGAAAAUAGAGCAAUUGAUCGACAAGAAUUUGAAGUAUCAGUUAAUGCUCUCCGAAGAUGGAAGCGGUCGUGGAGCGGCGCUAGUAGCAGCAGUUGCAACGCGAAUCAAAAAUAAAUGUUGUUCUCAAACAUCUACCAAUUGA